CUUAAGAUAUAUAACGCUCACAUCCACGUCUACUAUUCAUCAAUUUCAUUGCAUUUGGGUUUUAGGUUUCUCUCUCACUCUCUGUGUCGAUGGCGGGAAAGGGAGGGAAGGGGCUUGUGGCUGGGAAAACCACGACAGCCAACAAGGACAAGGACAAGGAUAAGAAAAGGCCUGUCUCUCGUUCAUCCCGUGCUGGGAUCCAGUUUCCAGUGGGUCGAAUCCACAGGCAGUUGAAGCAGAGGGUUCAAGCCAAUGGGCGUGUGGGAGCCACUGCUGCAGUGUAUUUGGCUUCAAUUCUGGAAUAUCUCACCGCUGAGGUUCUUGAACUUGCUGGGAAUGCGAGCAAAGAUCUGAAGGUGAAGAGGAUCACACCGAGGCACUUGCAACUCGCUAUCAGGGGAGAUGAAGAGCUGGACACCCUCAUCAAAGGGACCAUUGCUGGUGGUGGUGUUAUCCCCCACAUUCACAAGUCCUUGAUCAACAAAGCUGCUAAAGAGUGAAAAUGAAUGGCCUCUUUGCUUUUCCUUUAUGUGACUCUUUAUCAUCAUGUAGUCUAGUGUAGACCUUUUAUGUUUCUCAAGAACAGGUGUUAUAUGUUAGUGUGUAAAUGGUCAUUCUAUCCGCUACUUUUAUUUGCAUGUUGUGCUGCUACUCCUGGAAUUGUAAUGCUGUUGGAUUUUAUGAGUUCUUUGUUUUAGUCUCGCUGUGUGAUUUUGGUUCU